ACGCGGCUGGCACUCCUCCGGGGCAGGUUGCAGGCGGCGUUCGCAGACGCAGAGGCGCUGGCCCUCCCGCGGAGCGCUCCGCAGCCAUGUGGGGGACCUGGGUCGUCCAGUGUCUGAUAUUUACCUCCAUUGCUGGACCAUGGCCUAAAGCUGUCAGUGCUCAGGCAACUGCUGUCAACUCCAAGGCAUUGAGAUUUCGUAAGAACAUUACCAUAAGGGAGACGGGGUGCUCGGAAGGUCAGCAUGGUGAGAAGAGAGUCUGCUGUCAGCCAUGUCCUCCUGGCACACGGAAGGAGGGUGACUGUGAAUCUGUGGGGGGCGAGUCAAAAUGUGUGGCCUGCCAGGAAGGGGAGGAGUACACGGAAGAGAAGCAUUUUUCAGAUAAAUGCAGAAGAUGUCGAAUUUGUGAUGGAGAGCAUGGGUUGGAAGUGGAGAGAAACUGUACCCGGAGCCAGAACACCAAGUGCAGAUGUAAACCAAACUUUUUUUGUAACGUCUCUGAGUGCGAACAUUGUACCCCAUGCACCACGUGUGAACAUGGAGUCCUUGAGAAUUGCACACCAACCAGCAACACCAAAUGUAAAGAAGGAUCCAGCUCCAGCUUUCUGUGGUUUUGUGUCCUAAUCCCGAUUCUAAUGGGUGCGCUAAUAUGUUGGUGGAGGUUGAGAAGGCACCGGAAUAAAAAGACUGAAGACCUGGAAUCCAGACCCUCAAAUACUGAAAUGAUGCCAAUAAAAUAUGCAGACGUCGACCUGAAUACCUAUAUAACUAUUAUUGCUGAACAAAUGAAAAUAACUGAAGUCAGAGAAUUUGUUCGGAAGAAUGGUAUCAACGAAGCCAAGAUAGAUGAAAUUAAGAAUGAUAACCUCCAAGACACAGCAGAACAAAAAGUCCAACUGCUGCGUAAUUGGUACCAAGUCCACGGGAGGAAAGAUGCUUAUUACAAUUUACUUAGAGGCCUCAGAAAAGCCCAUCUUUGUGAACUAGCAGAGAGAAUUCAAGAAAUGAUCCAGAAGGACAGUACUAGCUAACUUGAAAAUGAAAACUUCAAACUAUGAAAAGAAAAAAUAAAGCUUGGCCAAAGGCAAAAAGAAUGUAGUAUAACUCAGUCCUGAGCAGACACGAGUUGAUAGAAAGAAAAAUUAGGGUUUUAGUAAGUUCUUACUAGCUGUGGACUGUAAACAUUGCUUGGCUUUUUAUAGCGUGUGUGUUUCAUUUGUUAGAUUUGUAGAGCUAGCAUGUUUACAGGUUCUGAGGCUCUCAGGAUUCUGACCUCAAGGAUGUUGGGAAGACAGAAAUGGUUCAAAGUAAAUUCAGUGUCACAUGAAGAGUACAAGUUGUGUGCAAAGGACAGAAGAUUAAGAACACACUCUAGUAUCUAAGGGGAGGGUGUGGGUAUGACGGCAUCGGUGUG